UUCAAUCGCUAAUCACUUUAUCAGUGAACGAAAUCCCGCACGCUGAGGUCACCAUGCCAUAAAAAUGUAAAGUCAAUUUUUGAACUAUUAUAAUUUAAAAACUACUGAACGUAAUUCAUUAUAAUUUCGGAUCCUAUAUUUCACAUAUCUCAUCUCUAAAUAUUGAAAACGGCAUUCAAAAAUAUUGUAUAGUUUUCCCGUUAUCGUAAAAUAAGUGACGCACCUUCGUUUCAUUCCAGUUCCCACUUCCCACUAACUCCAUGUGUUAUACCCAUUUCACACUAGCAGAAAAUAUUACAACUUUUAACAACUAUUAACAAGUUGUAACAAGUUUGAUAUUCCGAGAUUGUUGGUUCGUUUCACACAUGCACUUUCAAACCAUGAGAAAUCUCGGGAGAACUCGGAAGAAUAAUGAUUUUGCAUUAUUGGGGGCGCUAUAUUAUGUUUACAUCAUUUUUUUUUCGCGCGAUCUUCGCAUAGAAAAAAAAUCCUGUCGACGAGUACUACGAUAGUUGAUCCGGUAUUAGGCCCUGUAGUUGUCUCUGCGACGGAGGCAGCACCAGUCAAACAACAACAAAGAAAGAAAAAUUGGUCGCAUAGAGACACACUGUGCCUUAUCGACAUUGUGGGCUCCCCGGAAAUACAAGCGGGACUUGAUGGCAUGGUCCACAAUGCUCAAAUAUGGGAGCGUGUGGCCUCGGAGUUGCAGGCGAGGGGGGCUGGAGACCGAUCAUGGGAGAAGUGCCGCGAUCGCUGGGCCUACCUAAAAAGAAGUUACAGGAAUGCAAAAAGAAACAACCAACAAUCAGGUAGGGAAAGGAAAGAAUGCCCCUACUACGAGGAAAUUGAUUCAAUUCUAGGUAAACGUCCAAUGAAUGUAGCCAUACUAAAUUUACACAUGGACAGAGAUGUAUUGUUGGAUGUCGAUGCAACAGCUUCUAGUAUUAAUGGAAGUUCAGAUCCACUGCAUUUGGAUAGCAGUUUCUCGGAUAUAGAUGGAAGCGAGUCGGUACCUGAGAGUUUUGGAGAUGACACAGUCCAAACAGUUGAAACCGAGCAGCCAAUUGAAACGGAGAAGCUAGAUAAUCCUGGUCAACCAAAAAAAAAAAAAACAAUGGCAGCUAAAACAUCCACUCGAAAGAGAAGAAAUGAUCUGGCCUCAGCAUCCACCACUGAUUUGGUAAAUAAAAUGUUACAGGUAAAUGAAGAAGCAGAUGAGAGAGACAGGAAGAUGCUCUGUGAAUUUAAGAAGAUGGAAUUAGAAAUGGAGGAAAAAAGGAUGCGAUGGCAAAUGGACAGAGAGGAGAGGCAAAGGCAAGAAGCCAGAGAACGAGAGGAAAGGCAGCGACAAGAAGCAAGAGAACGUGAGGAGAGGCAAAGAGAAAAAACAAGGGAGCGUGAUGAAAGAGCGAGGAGAGAGCAUUUAGACCUGCUUUUAAUGUUGUUUCAACGGGUUAAUGAUCCUGUGAAGGAUUUUCAUCAACUGUAAUCUAAUAAGCUUU